UCUUCUCUCUCUCUCUAAAACUCUCUCCCUCUCUCUCAUCCUUAUAUUUUGCGUUGCUAUCUUUCAGCCCUCUCUGCAUAAAAAUGUUUCUUUUUCUUCUGAGGAGUCUCAGCAGUUUCUGAAUCAGCACUACUGAGAGGAUACUUAAGCUACAAGCCUACAACCACAGUUAGCAGUCUGAAAGAGUUUCCAAACAGAGGCAGCCAUGGCCAACGACCGGUUACAAGUGCUCAGUGCACUUGAUCUUGCCAAGACACAAUGGUACCACUUCACUGCCAUAGUAAUUGCUGGAAUGGGUUUUUUCACCGACGCCUACGAUCUGUUUUGCAUCUCUCUGGUGACCAAACUGCUUGGUCGCAUAUACUACCACAACGAUGGCGAUGCUAAGCCAGGGACUCUGCCGCCUAACAUCGCGGCUGCAGUCAAUGGGGUUGCCUUGUGUGGUACCCUAGUCGGACAGCUCUUUUUUGGGUGGCUCGGAGACAAGAUGGGUAGGAAAAGGGUCUACGGCAUGACCCUUAUGCUCAUGGUCGUUGCCUCCAUUGCCUCUGGCCUUUCCUUUGGCAAGAGCGCGAAUGGCGUGAUGGCCACGCUUUGUUUCUUCCGCUUCUGGCUAGGUUUUGGCAUAGGGGGCGACUACCCUCUCUCCGCCACAAUUAUGUCAGAGUAUGCCAACAAGAAAACCCGUGGAGCCUUCAUUGCCGCGGUGUUUGCCAUGCAAGGUUUUGGGAUUUUGACUGGUGGGGUGGUUGCGAUUAUCAUUUCUGCAGCUUUCAACGCAAGGUUUCCUGCCCCAGCAUAUGGAGUUAACGCUAUCGCGUCUACCCCCCCGGAAGCCGAUUAUGUCUGGCGCAUAAUUCUUAUGUUUGGUGCUAUUCCAGCUGUGAUGACUUAUUACUGGCGCAUGAAGAUGCCCGAAACUGCCCGUUAUACUGCCCUAGUCGCCAAGAACGCCAAACAAGCUGCUGCCGACAUGUCCAAAGUGUUGCAGGUUGAGAUCGAAGCAGAACAAGAAAAGGUCGAAAAGAUUGCGGAAGAGCAGGGAAAUUCAUUCGGCUUGUUUUCCAAGCAAUUUCUACAUCGCCACGGGCUCCACUUGCUUGGAACCACCAGCACAUGGUUCUUGUUAGACAUUGCUUUCUACAGUCAAAAUCUUUUCCAAAAGGACAUUUUCAGCGCAAUCGGGUGGAUUCCCGAUGCAAAAACAAUGAAUGCAAUAGAUGAGGUUUUCAGAAUUGCUAGGGCUCAAACUCUCAUUGCCCUUUGCAGCACCGUGCCCGGGUACUGGUUCACCGUGGCGUUCAUCGAUAGAAUUGGGAGGUUCGCUAUCCAGUUGAUGGGAUUCAUCCUCAUGACAGUCUUCAUGUUUGCCUUGGCUAUUCCUUACAACCACUGGACUCACAAGGACAACCGAAUUGGAUUCGUGAUAAUGUACUCGCUCACUUUCUUCUUCAUGAAUUUCGGUCCUAACGCAACAACCUUUGUCGUCCCGGCAGAGAUUUUCCCAGCAAGGCUAAGGUCUACAUGUCACGGCAUAUCUGCAGCAUCAGGCAAGGCCGGGGCAAUUAUCGGGGCGUUUGGGUUUUUAUACUUGAGUCAAAGCAAGGAUUCGACUAAAACCGAUAAAGGGUAUCCCCCGGGUAUUGGUGUGAAGAACGCUCUCCUCAUCCUUGGCGGGGUUAAUUUCUUGGGUAUACUAUUUACUUUCUUGGUGCCGGAAGCAAACGGAAAAUCAUUGGAGGAAAUGUCUCAAGAGAAUGAAGAAGAGGAUGACGUACCGGCACCUAGCCGUGAAAGUAGGACAGUUCCAGUUUAAUUCACAAUUAUCUUAUACUCCGUAUGUGUCUUUCAUUGAUUAUACAUAUCGUGUUCAAGAUGAAAUAAGCUGCUAGCCUGUUAGUAUUAGCCUUCAAUUGAGUUCCUGACCUAGAGAGCAUAAGGUGUAUAUAUAGAGCUACGAUAUAGACUUAAGGAGUAAUAAGUCUGGGCUUCCAAUGUAAAUAAGUUAAAUACAUUAAAUUUUGAGCGUCAUUAAACAGAUUAUAGGCAUAAUUCAGAUCUAAAAGGACUAGCAUGGAUUAUUGAAAAUCUGUUAUUAGUGUAAUAUAUCAUAGCAUGCCAUAUUUAUUUAUUUAUUUUGUACUCUUA